AUGGCUGCUACGGUAGAAUUUAUGGUGGACGACUUCGGGGUUUUGGGUGAUAUUUUGGUGGGAUUUAUUGGUUCUGAUGACAUCGAAGAAUUUGAGAGCUUUUGGCUCCACAAUAUGUCAACACUAUUUGACGGUGGUAAUGAUGAUGAGGUGAUAUUUAUGGAAGAGCGUUUUGGUGAGAAGAGUGGAUGGAACGGAGAUGCUGUUGUCAGCUAA